CCUACACAAAGCACUAACCAGAGGUCUCUGAAACCAUACCACGAAAAGGGAAAGAAAUGCCCCCAAACCAGAAGGGAGUCUCCUCUUCCUUGCUUAAGCAAUGCUCAUUACUACUUGCCUGCCAGGAAACAUUUACAGCUAAUAAACUGCACCUUAAAGGAACAGACAUACAUCGCCCCUAGAAAAUCAAGAGGGAUAACCAGCCCAUCGGAUUUUGCAAACAAGGUGCUCAGGGCAGACCGCUGGGUCCGUUCCACCUUAAGGGAGGUUGAGGGCCGGCUCCUCUGCUCCCCGCCCGGAGCCCGUGUGAUAGGUGGCUGGUGCGCGAGGGGCGGGGCCUGGCAGCGCUCUGUAUAAAUAUUCAUGAGAGCGCAGUGACCGGCCUGGCGCUGCCGGGGCCGGAGAGCGAGAAGUUGUGCAAAGGGCACUGCGGCUGCCGAGACCCAGGUGGCUCUGCAGCGGCACGGGGGGAUUACAGCGCCUGCGGCCGGACCGUGCUGCUGCGGGCUCGGGGAAGCUCGCACGGCUGUAGGGGCACCGGGGACCCCCGGGCGGUGCAGGCCGGCUGCUGGGGGCCGCGCAGGCUAGGUCCGUGGCUCCGGGAUCCCUCAGCCAUCUUGGCUGGGCACCGCAGGGACUGAAGGCGAAAGUUGCGGCGCCCGGCCGGGAGCCCAGCGGCUGCUGGAACAACAGGGAGCGCGGGUGUAGCCCCCGAGCCGAAAGGAGAUGGGAGCGCGGCAGAGAAGCCUCCCCCGAGCAGACUGAGCGCGCACACCCCCGCGGGCUCUACGCGCCUGUCCCUGGACCGCUGCAGGAGACGCUGAAGCGGGCUGUUUGCGGGGCUUCCCCCUGCCCCGGACAGGCCAGAAGAGGCGUCCCCGGGGCUGUGUCCUUCCCGGCCCGGCGAGCCCUGCGGAGGGUGGCGGUGCGUUCCCGGGCACGUGCAGCAGCAAGCCGGGGGCUUCGCCCUGCGGGCAGAGGCGGGACGCGGGGCUGCCUGCAGGACAAUACACCCCGGCGGCGGGGCGCCCCGGGAGAGGCCGUUCCUCGGGGCUUUUGCAGUGCCCCCGGCGCCUUCUGCUACUAGGACUCAGAGCUGCCGGGCAGCCGCCGCCUGUCGCCGAGCAUGGAGCGGAGUUACCUGCUGGAAAUCACCUCGCUGCUCGCUACCUUCUUACUGCUGCAGCGCUCGAGCGCCGCCGCUGCAGCCUCCUCCGUUGCCGCCGCCGCCGCCUCCUCGGCCAAGGAGCUGUCGUGCCAGGAGAUCACCGUGCCCCUGUGCAAAGGCAUCGGCUACAACUACACCUACAUGCCCAACCAGUUCAACCACGACACGCAGGACGAGGCGGGGCUGGAGGUGCACCAGUUCUGGCCGCUGGUGGAGAUCCAAUGUUCCGCCGACCUGCGCUUCUUCCUCUGCAGCAUGUACACCCCCAUCUGCCUGGAGGACUAUAAGAAGCCGCUGCCUCCCUGCCGCAGCGUCUGCGAGCGGGCCAAGGCCGGCUGCGCCCCGCUCAUGCGCCAGUACGGCUUCGCCUGGCCAGACAGGAUGCGCUGCGACCGCCUGCCGGAGCAGGGCAACCCGGACACGCUGUGCAUGGACUACAACCGCACGGACCUCACUACCGCCGCGCCGCCCCCGGCCAAGCCCCCGCACCGCGCCGGGAAGGCGGGUGGCGCUUGCAAGCCCUGCUGCCGCUGGCGCCUCGCCGAGCCCCCGCAAGCCGGCCGCUCCCCUUGCGCAGCUGCCCAGUGCCGGCGCCCAUGUAUCGCGUCCAGCGAGCCCACCGCUGCUAGCAAACGGGUGAAGACGGGCAGAUCGCCAAACUGCGCCUGCCUGCACAACCUUACUUAGUCCCUGGAUGAUGCGGCGCUUCACCGCCUUCUGGAUCGCCUAUGGUCCCUGCUCUGCUCUUCUCCCUUCGCCACUGCUUCACCUUUCAUCGACAUGGAUGCGUUCAAGUACCACGAGCGGCCCAAUCAUCUUCUGGCCGCCUGCUACUCUUCGUCUCGGCGGCUACCUGGGGCGCUCUGUGGCCGGCACGAGAAGGUGGGUGCAGGCGGCGGGGCGCUGGCUGUGGCAGAGCACGUGCGCUACGAGAGCACUGGCCCGGCGCUGUGCACCGUGGUCUUCCUGCUGGUGUACUUCUUCGGCAUGGCCAGCUCCAUCUGGUGGGUCAUCCUCUCCCUCACCUGGUUCCUGGCCGCCGGCAUGAAGUGGGGCAACGAAGCCAUCGCCGGCUACGCGCAGUACUUCCACCUGGCCGCCUGGCUGCUGCCCAGCGUCAAGUCCAUCGCCGUGCUGGCCCUCAGCUCCGUGGACGGCGACCCUGUGGCCGGUAUCUGCUACGUGGGCAACCAGAGCCUGGAGAACUUGCGGGGCUUCGUGCUGGCGCCGCUGCUCAUCUACCUGGCCAUCGGCUCCAUGUUCCUGCUGGCCGGCUUCGUCUCCCUCUUCCGCAUCCGCAGCGUGAUCAAGCAGCAGGGCGGCCCCACCAAGACGCACAAGCUGGAGAAGCUGAUGAUCCGCUUGGGGCUCUUCACCGUGCUGUACACGGUGCCGGCCGCCAGCGUGGUGGCCUGCCUCUUCUACGAGCAGCACAACCGGCCCCGCUGGGAGGCCACGCACAACUGCCCCUGCCUCCGCGACCAGCAGCCCGACCAGGCCCGCCGCCCCGACUACGCCGUCUUCAUGCUCAAGUAUUUCAUGUGCCUGGUGGUGGGCAUCACCUCCGGCGUCUGGGUCUGGUCCGGGAAGACCCUGGAGUCCUGGAGGGCCCUCUGCACCCGUUGCUGCUGGGCGAGCAAGGGAGCCGCCGCCGCCGGGCCCCCUGGGGCAGGGGGCGGGGGGCAGGUAGCUGCCGCGGCGGUGGCGGGAGGAGGCGGCGGGGGCUCCAUGUACAGCGAUGUCAGCACUGGCUUAACUUGGAGAUCGGGCACUGCCAGUUCUAUGUCUUACCCCAAGCAGAUGCCCUUGUCUCAAGUGUGAGCAGGAGAGGCUUGGUGGGGGCUGGCCUGUAUGAAAUGCUUCCUCACUGUUUGGUGCCAUUAAUGAACCCCUAAUGGUCCCCAUUAGCUACGGCUUGUGCAGAACUAUUCAGCCAGCAGAGGCCCCAAGCACUAGCCCCCCUCCUUCCCCAUCUCCAUUCAUAUGCAGGGAGUAUGUACUUCAAGGCGUCAGCUUAUUGUGCUGGCAGAAAAGGGUGGAAGAGACUCAGCAGUUUCUGGAGGGAGCAGGACAAGUAGUAGUUUGAUUCUCUCUGUGGACUUGCAGUAGAGCUUCCUUCAACGGGGGUCCUCUUCAUAUCCAGUCCAAGGGAGGAGGUUAUUGGCCUGAUGGGACUGCAGGUUUUGGGUAUUCCUAACCGCCAGGCAAAUGCCUUAAACACACAAUUCAUGUCUUAAUUAUACACCCAAAAUAAAUACGGGUUUUGCAGUAAACAAUGUAUUUAUAUAAUUAUUUGUUACUUUGUACAUAUAUGUAAGAUAUGUAUAUAUCCAAAGCUAUACAGUCUGUACAUUUUCUGUAAAGUUUAGAGGCUCCCCCUGUAAGAGCAAAUAUGAGUAUUCUAUUUUGUCAAUAAAAUGACUUUUGAUAAAUGACUUUUUUCCAAGCUUCCCCCUCCUACCCUGAUUAUUCAGAUGUUGUUAGUAGUAACUGUCACUGAAAGAUGUCACUAUAAGCUAUAUUACAAUGCAAUCCUUAAUGCAGUUACUUAUCUUUAACUUAAAAUGUGAGGUUUUUUAAAGAAACAAUAUUUUGGACUGACUUGUUGAAUGUUCUAAAACCUGAGGUGCCUUAUAAUAAUUCUUUGCUGCUCUAUGCUCUGUAAGCCAUCACACUGUAUGUAAACUAAAGUUGUACAAGGCAGUAAUUUCACACAUGCCUUGUUAUGUAUCCUGUAAAAUGGAUGUUAUUUUAGGAAUGUGAACACUCACCCUACCUUUCAUAACUAUUGUCUGGUUUGAUUUUUUUUUUUUUGGUAAGCACCUGCCUUUAGAGGGGCUACAUACUGCUAAAGUGUAAAGAUUAACGUUUCAACUCCAUCAAUUAUGUUUUACAGUAGAACAGUGAGUUGAGAAUUGUUAGAUCAGUCUUUCCUUAACAGAUUAAACUAACAGGUUAACAUCUUAACCUUUCAUACUUAACUUGUGUAUAUCAAAUAUGGUCUUUUUUCUAGAGAAAAGGUAUUGUUCUUCUGUCAAGACUAAGCUAAUUUGAGUAGAAAGCUGUUGAAUUAACAGAAGAAUGCUUUGGCAAUUGUUGAACUUUUUACCUGUCUGCUCAGUGGCUCAGAACAGCGUUCCUUUAAGAGGAGCUAACUGAAUAGGGUUAAUCUGUAGGGAACUUGGUCUCUUUUGAGUUUGGAAAAACUUUGAUCUUUUCUCUUCUCCAAACAUGAUGUAUAGUCUGAAGUUUCUUUUCCUGCUGCUGGGUUCCUCUUGUUGCAGAAGAACUUUAAGGCUCUAUGGUGGCCAGUUCAACUAAAGA